GCUUCAACCACUAAACACCACACCACACCACACACAACAACAACAACAACAACAACUACACCCCAUCCACCACAAUGUCAGCCCCCACCUCCACCAUCCCCUCCACCUGCUGCGGCCGCGACGGAACCUGCAUCUGCGCCGCCGAAGCAACCUGCUCCUGCGGCAAGCAACCCGCCCUCCACUGCACCUGCGAAAAAGCCAGCACCGAAAACAAAGUCUCGGGUGCACGUUGCAGUUGCAACCAACGCGCUGCCGGUGCUUGUACUUGUUCGCGUGCCGGCAAGGAGAAUGAGAAAGUAGAGGGCAGUACUUGUGCUUGUGGAAAGAGAUCAAAGGAUUCUUGCUCUUGCAAUGGCACUGAGACUGCUGCUGGUGGCAAGGAAUACCCUGAUGAAAUCGAUUUCACUACAAAGGCUUAAAGCUGCGUCGACACACCAUCACCAUUACGAAAACAUACUUUUAUCUUUUUGCAUGACCGGGGAAAGGGUCUGGACUGGCGUUUUACGGAUUGAAAGGACCUUUGGGGAGACAU